AUGUCUUCCUUGGUUCAGUCCCAGUCGUUCGACGGCGACCGUGGUCAGGCCCAGCAGAACCUGUACGCUUCGCCCGCAGGGUCUCCGCGAGUUUCGCGACCUCCCUCGCAAGCGUCCAUCCAUGUGCCUCAACAACCAUCGUACUCUCCCCAUCUCCCUGCCGAGUCGCCUAUGCCAGUCUCGGCUUACCCCACCUACCGACCCUUUGCAGACGGCUUGACCCUGCCCCCAAUCCCCAUGAACGGGACGGGUGUCUACCCCAACUCAGCUCCCAUGACCUACUUUCCUGCCAUCUUUGACGGCCGCAGCUCCCAGCCCAUGAUUCGAACCGUCUCUCAUGCCCACCCCAUGAACUCGGCCUCGGAACAAACCGUGUCUUCGCGCUACUCUUCCUCGCCCCACAGCGCCAACGGCCAACUCGUCGACGCCCCUCCGACUGCCGGAGCCCCGUCUGGUCCUUGGGGCCAGCCCUCUUUCAGUCUUCCAGACGAUGCUCGCCUGAAUCCCAUGUUUGCGUCCAACGGCUACUCCAUGUCCCGUUCCACCUCGGGUAACAGCGAGGGUCCCGAAACCAGGUUGCUCACUCCCCACAUGGACUACCGCACAAACCCAGCCGAGGCAGAGUUGAGGCAGGUGGACGAUAGCUUGGCGGGGAAAAAGUAUUAUCCCCAACUCGCGUCCUUCACGCCCAGGUUUGAUUUGCAGAACCACGCUCUCGGCUUGGGUCCACACCCCCAGCCAGAUGCCUUCUUUGGCAACAAGAGCUAUGGCGCUGGGUCCGGGGCUGCAUUCUCCUUGGCGGAGCAGCGAGGCGGCGAGAGUGAACCCGUCGGUGAGACCGAGUAUGAAAGAGAGCGACGCGAGCAGAUCAUGAACAACAAAAAGUUGCUGGAUGAUGUCGGUCUCGGUUCCAGCUUGAGCUUUGGCUCCAAGCACGUCAGUGGGGGCAGUAGCGGAACAUCGACUCCCAAGCGCAAGGCAUCCACCCCUGUCAAGAAGCGUCUUCACCUCGAGGGGUCUAGAGAGUAUCAGAUGCGAGCAUCUCCGAGGAUCCGCUCGAUGAACCGGAGCAUCUCCUAUGCCAAUCUCGACGGAGGUUCUGGUAGCGAUGACGAUUAUGGCUCUUCUGAACACGAGCAGGAGCAGGACGACGAGGAAGAAGAGUUUAGGCCCACCAAGCGCUCCAGAGGGGGUAACGGCUACAGGCAAAAGUCGGCGUCCUACAGCAGUAAUACUAGUUCCAAGGCCGCCAAGCCUCAGCUUUCCCUCUGGGGUCUCCUCCAGGUCUACUCGUCCAUCCCCCACAACUUUCCCCUCUUCUACUACACUCUCAACAAUGAUUUGACCAUCAACUCUGACUCCGUGCCCCUCAUUGGAUCCAUCCCGUCCAACUGCACACCGAUAGCCAAGGCAGAGACUCUAGCGGCAUUCUUCCAUCGCGGUCGAAGAGUCUUGGCCCAGCUUGAUGCGUUCACCACCCGGUGUGAUCGCAAGUACGAGGGUCCAGAGAACAAGUGGCCAGAGCUCGACUAUCACACCAGGAUCGCGGUCCGAGAUGUGCGAAGAAAGAUUGUCGAGAGGUGCGAGAAUUACAAGUACACACGAAGAGAUAUCCUCGACAAGCACGUUGGUCGUGGCAAGUGGAAGCCUAUUGAAGACGGCAUGAUCGAAUGGCGCGUCGGUAUGACGGUCAACGACCCGGCCAAUGACCUCGCCAACGUCACUUUGACUUUGCCCACCCCUCCCCCUGAUGCCUACGCCCAGUCGAUGCGUCAGACAGCACCGCCUCCCAUCUACACUGACCGUGCCAUCAAGCCAUACCCUCACGGUCGUCGUAUCGCAUCAGCUGCUCCCCGCAAUGUCAGCGUGGUCAUGGGCGAACCGGAUGAGCACGCCAACCCUUCGGCAGCUGGGUCGUCCGCCAUGUACGGAUACGCCGCGCCGCCUGCCAAAAUGUACGGCGAAGACCAAGUGCCGCUGAGCGUCCAGAUGCCUGGAUCUGCCUCUUCGGCUGCUGCCCGAGCCGACAGUCUGGAGGAAACGGCCAAUGCUGCUGGUUGGAACCGAGGGGCAAAGAGAGGACGAAGCUCGAGCGAGGGAAGCGACGCUUACUCUGCGGAGAGCGAAGAGUAG